CCCCUCCAAAGAACCAAAUUCAAUCACAUAUUGUUUGUUCCACCUAAACCUCACAUUACAUAAAUAUAUAUGGCCACCGCAAAGAAGAGCUUUUUCUUCCUCGGAGUCCCGCCGGAGACGAUGUCUCCGGCGGCGACGGGCCCGCAGUUCGAGUUCGACGAGUCCGACGUCGUGUGGGACAACGGCGACGACUUCGACCGCGGCGGACCGGGCGGGGCCCGGAGAUCGUCCGCUUCGAUACCAGGCUCGCGCCGGCCUGUCGUCGCCGUUCAGAAGAAGAACCCGAAGGCCGACGACAGGCCGGCGUCGUUGCCAGUCUCCGUGCCGGAGUGGGCGGAUAUCCGGCGGGAGAGCGGCGGCGGGGAGAAAGGGGCGGUGGUGCCGCCGCAUGAGUACUUGGCGAGGAGGAGAGGGGCGUCAAUGUCGGUGCACGAAGGCAUUGGGAGGACUCUCAAGGGGAGGGAUUUGAGUAGGGUUCGGAUUUACCCGAUUAAUUACCGUUUGUUCCGGGAAGCAAGGGAGCUGCCCAAUGGAAUUUGAAGGGGGUGAGGGGAUUUACCGGGGUUUAAGGGAGCAGGAACUGUCAAUUUUACGAACGGGACAUCGGAGCGCCCCCGAGUCACCCAGGACAUGGGGUUCCAAUGUCACGGGAACUCCACCGUUAAUUAAUCAGCUUAUUUAAGAUGAUGAUGGAGAUGAUUAAGAGGAAAAGAUUGAAUUUAUGAAUUGAAUAAAGUUUUUCUAUUCCU